AUGUGGUUGCGGGACCCUGAUUGGAGUCUGGCGCCGGUGCACCAAGGCGCUGCUGCAUGGCGCUGGAGCCGUCUGGGCCUGUUGAGCCCUGAGAACCUGAACCGGGGACAAGGAUUCGCUGAGGGGAAGCUGUGUGGUUGUAUUCUGCGUCCAGGGAUGCCGAAAGUUAGAAGAUGGAUUACCCGUGGCCCGGCACCUUCUGGCGGUCGAAUGAAAUCGGGUAAAGCGAGUAUGACGAGUGACACCGAUUCAGGCAGCCCUUCCGAGCUAAAUGGAACCUCCAUUGAAACCCCUGCGAGGGCUCCCACACCGGUCCAUCAAUUUGGCACACGAGCUGUACAUGCUGGAGCGCAUGUGGACGCUACAACUGGUGCUGUGAUUGCCCCGAUCUCUCUUUCUACAACUUUCGCUCAAGUCGGGGUCGGCAAGCCCAUCGGACAAUACGAAUAUACAAGAAGCGCAAACCCAAACAGAGACCACUUCGAGGAAGCCGUAGCAGCUCUCGAGCACGCUCGAUAUGCCUUGGGCCUUCGCUUCCGGCUCUGCAACCACAGCCGUCAUCCUCCAAUCCCUCGCGGCGGGAUCACACGUCAUAUCAGUCUCCGAUCUCCCUCGAAUCCUACCCUCGGCCUCGUCGACAUCAGAAAAAUAGCCAGCGUUGCCCAUCAGCACGGCAUUAUGGUCGUUGUCGACAAUACCUUCCUCAGCCCUUAUAUCCAGAACCCGCUCGACUACGGUGCCGACAUCGUCGUGCACUCUGUCACAAAGUAUAUCAAUGGCCACUCUGACGUCCUCAUGGGCGUAGCUGUCUUCAACUCUCCAACUCUCCACGAGCGCCUAUCCUUCCUCCAAAACGCUAUAGGCGCCGUCCCCUCCGCCUUCGACUGCUGGCUCGCCCACCGAGGCCUCAAAACCCUCCACCUGCGCGCCCGUGAAGCCUCUAAAAAUGCAACGGCCAUCGCCAACGCCCUCGAAUCUUCCCCACACGUCAUCGCCGUCAACUACCCAGGCAUCAAGUCCCAUCCCCAACGCGACCUCGCCCUUAAACAACACCGCGAUGGCAUGGGCGGCGGCAUGCUCAGUUUCCGCAUCAAGGGCGGUGUAGCUGCCGCCGAGCGCUUUUGCCAGGAGACCAAGUUGUUUGUGUUGGCGGAGAGCUUGGGGGGUGUGGAGUCGCUCGUUGAGGUUCCGGGCAGCAUGACGCAUGCGGGUAUCCCGAAGGAGCAGCGAGAGGCAGCAGGGGUGUUUGAGGAUUUGGUCCGGGUUAGCUGUGGGAUUGAGGAUAGUGCGGAUUUGGUAGCGGAUGUCCUGCAGGCGCUGGAGAAGGCGGCUGUGGGGCCUAAAAUUAAUGGGUUGGCGAAUGGCCGGGCAUGA